AUGGAAUCUCCUGAUUUGUUCACGUCCAUCGCUUCGAACCCCCCCGGUCUCCAGACUGCAGUCUACGUCCUUGCCGGGCUCAUUUGCGCAUUCUAUAUUGUGCGGCCCUUCUUGUCCCCGUUGCGAUCCGUUCCAGGCCCAUUUCUGGCGCGCUACACGGACGCGUGGUUCCUAUGGCGACUGCACCGAGGCCAUAUCGAGCAAGACUUUCUAGCACUUCAUAGGAAGCACGGAGCCAUUGUAAGAUACGGCCCCAGCAGGUACAGCAUCAAGCACCUGGAGGCGCCCAAGAUCAUUUACGGCCAUGGACACCCCUUCGUCAAGAGCUCAUUCUAUCGGGCAUACUCCCAACCAGAAUUACAAGACUGGAACACAUUUGCCGUCGAGAACACCAAAGUUCAUUCUCAGCUGCGGAGACAGCUUCAAAGCGCGUACAGUCUGACCGCUCUCGUCUCGUACGAGCCAUAUGUGGAUGAAUGUGCUCGUAUCCUCAAACAACGCCUCCAAGAGGUUUCUGUCGCCGGCUUGCCAAUCAACUUCGCCCACUGGCUCCAGUGUUAUGCAUUCGACGUGAUCGGUAUGAUCACCUACGGGAGUAGAUUUGGCUUUCUCGACCACGGCGAAGACGUCCAUGGAAUCAUUUCUGCCAUCGACACCUCGCUGUAUGAUUCUUCGCAUCUUUCCAUGUAUCCGUCCUUGCGUGUGCCCGCGGCUGUUAUACGAAGAUGGCUAUCUAGAGGCAAAUCCGGACUUGCCUUCGUUACUAGUUUUGCCCAACAGAACAUCGACAAUUUCCGCGCUAAUUCCAAGACGGCGACCGGGGAACCAGAGAAGGAAGACAGCGGCAAAAUGCAGUCAUUCCUUGAAAAGUUCUUCCUGAAGCAUGAGGCGGAUCCUGCGACUUUCACACUUAUGCACCUCUUGUCAGGCUGUCGGGCCAACGUAAUGGCAGGCUCUGACACGACGGGUAGCAGCCUGUCAGCCGUCUUUUACUACUUGAUGAAGCGACCCGACUGCUAUCAGAAGCUGCGGGAAGAAGUCGACGCAGUCCAGCCGUCCCAGACCAAGGACUUCAUUUUCCGCGAGACCCUGAACAUGCCGUAUCUUCAAGCCGUUAUCAAAGAGGCCCUGCGCGUCCAUCCGGCUUUUGGUACGCCUCUUGAGCGGGUAGUGCCUGAAGGCGGUGCCACCAUCGCCGGCCGAUUCUUUUCCGCAGGCAUCAAGGUUUCUGUACACUGUUGGGUAGAGAACAGAAACGAGCUCAUUUUCGAAGACCCUGACGAGUUCCGGCCCGAGAGGUGGCUCGUCGAAGACGAGAACAAGCUCGCGCUCAUGAACCGUCAUUGGAUCCCGUUUGGACUCGGUACUCGCACCUGCAUCGGGAGGCACAUAUCCAUGCUCGAGAUAUCCAAGCUGGUUCCGCGUAUUGUCCGCGACUUCGAUUUCAGACUACAGGAAAGAGCCGACGAGUCGUGGGAAACCAAGAGCAUGACGUUUGUGAAGCCAAAGAACUUCAUGGUUACCGUUAAAGCCCGCACUGGGUAG